AUGGUAUUCGGAACAUCAGGGCGACCCGUGUUUCCUCUACUACCGCCAUAUGGAGCCCACGAUCCUUCAAAUGGACGCAUCAUUGCCUUGCACCCCGAUGACCUAACGCCAUACAUGGGGUUGAGGGCUCGACUAUCUCAAGUAUGGAUCAAUCGCUGGACGAUUCUCAUCUUACUUGUCCUCGUUCGUGUUUUGAUCGCAAUUGGUGAUGUUCGACAUGACAUGGCAAAUGCCAGAAGCGAGGCCCUCUCAGCGUGUACUUCGGUGGAAUCCAUGGGGAGUGCCUUAGCAUCAAUGCCUCAUUACCUUGCAGAGGGAGUCAAUAGCCUUACGGCCGAUGCAAUCAACGCCCCUCUGAAGGUCGCAGUUACAUUACUGAAUGAUGUGUUGAUUCUGAUCCCAUCUUUGAUCUUUUUUUGGAUCCAAAUCAUCACCGCGGAAUACGUUUGCAUCGGCACAUGGGCCGCGGAUGUUGUCCUUGGCGAAGUAGAGGACUCCAUCGGAAACGUGACACAAAAAAUCGAAGGCGUGAUAUCCGACGGCAUUAGUUCAUUCGAGUCUUUUAUGGAUGACGUUGAAUCAGCCAAGAAAUAUAUCGAGAAUUUUGGAGGGCUUACCGGGGACCUCAUCUCCAAGAUUCCUGAUUGGGAUAAUAGCUCAAUCAGCUCACUUAACAAUUGGAACAAAACAGCCAACAAAUUUCUCAAUGAUACCGCCAAUAGCAUCGAGAACAUCAAACCUCUAAAUUUCAGCGAUAUUAUGAAUGAUCUGAGUGAUUUGAUCCAUAAGCCAUUCGACAUCGCCAUUUCUUCUUUGAACGAUACUUUGGAUCGCCACCAUUUCGAUAGCAGCCAGCUGUGGACGCCCGGGGCUCAGCAAUUGAAAUUCUGCGGGGAGGAUGAUGGUUUCAAAGGCAUCAAUGACUUUUUCGACGGGGUCACCAACAUUGCGAUUACGGCCCGAAAGAUCUUUAUCGCUGUACUUGUCGUUGCGGCAGUACUGGCGUGCAUUCCUAUUGCCAUACAGGAAAUCCGAGGAUGGCGCCACAUGAAAGAGCGCGCUGAGUUGGUCCGCAAAGAGGCUGAUGACCCCAUGGACGUCGUCUAUCGAGUAUCGCGGCCUUACACUGCCGCAUUCGGGAUCAAGGCUGCUGGUCAGUUCAGCAACAGCCGCCGACAAACUCUUGUUCGCUGGGUGGUGGCAUACGCAACCUCAUUUCCCGCUCUUUUCGUUCUCGCAAUAGCCAUCGCUGCUUUGCUGUCCUGUCUGUGUCAGUAUAUCAUUCUUCGCGCUAUUUCGCACACGGUUCCGGAACUCAGUGCAGAAGUCGGAGCCUACGCAGACAAGGUUGUCAGCAGUUUGACGAACACGUCCUCUCAAUGGGCUAACUACACCAACGGCAACGUGACUGCAUUGAGCGAUUCAUUCAACGGUAACAUCGGCAGCCUAAUCGCCACUCUCACGAGCGCAAUUGAUUCACUCGAUCCCCUGGAGUCAAAAAUCGGAAGUGUCCUUGACGACACAUGGGACGACACGAUCUUCUCCAGUUUCUACCACACACUGCGUAACUGUACAGCUGAUGUCGCCGACGAGAUUAAAUCCGGCCUAAAAUGGGCACAGGAGCAUGCCAAGAUCAACUUGCCUACUUUCCCCUCCAAUAUUUUCGCAGCUGGAGCCAAUAGCGCUCUCCACGAUGGUUCUUCAGACAGCUUCCUUUCCAACCCAGGAGACGUGACUUCCGACAAAAUCAGCGAGGUCGUCACCAGUGUCAUUCAUGGGCUUGAGGAAGGCCUCAAAUUCGAGACCUACAUCGCUCUUGCCAUCCUACUGAUCUGGUUCCUUAUCGUCCUGAUCGGUGUUGCACGGGCAAUGUUCUUGUGGUGGGGUCAUGACCGCAAUCGUGGAGAUGGUGGCGGCCACGCCAUGGAAGUCCUUCCCCAUCCUCCCGCACCGCCGGCCCCCAUGGGAGGAUUUGACGAUAUCCCGUUGACAGCUAUGCCAAAGCAAGCGUCCGCUGCUGCUCCUGUGAUUCUUCAGCCUGCUCCUAUCCCUCCUGCCCGAAAGGCUGUUCCAGAGACGAGCCUUGCGGAGGAUCCCUUUCAUGAUACCCAUGGGUACGGUAAUGAAAAGCUUGCACCUCCUGGAGGAUCAGAAAACCCGUUCCAUGAUGCCCACUCCUAUGUAGACGAGAAGCUGAAGUUUGCAGGCCAGAGGACUUACAAUACUGUGCAGUCCGCCCCAGAUCCUUCAUUAAGGAAAAGCAGCUACGUGGAAUAUGAUACAAAGUAA